AUGUUUUGGAAUGUAAAUAUUUCUUAUGCUGCCCUUCGAACGCAGGUUUAUAUGUUGAAGGCCGAAGGUAUUGCAUUCCGCUUCUUACCUGACCCACUUCAAAUAAAGAAUGCACUGCAGUUGAAAUCUGGCUUAACUGGUUUCGAUGGUGUCCCCGUUUUUCAGUCAGAUCUAUUGGUCGUUAAGAAACAGAAGAAGCGCUAUUGUCCAGUAUACUUUCAAAAGGAGGACAUAGAAAGAGAGCUUAGAAAGGCGUCUAAAUCUUCGAAAGGAUCAGCCUUAUCUAAGCAAAUUAUGGUUGGUAGUUUGGAGGAUGUCUUGAAGAAAAUGGAGAUUAAUGACAGAAAUUCUGGUUGGGAUGACUUAAUCUUCAUACCACCUGGAAAGAGCCUCAACCAACAUAUCAAUGAGGUGAUCAAAUGCGGUGGCUUACCACGAUCGUGGGCCCCAUUGCAAAGAGCAGAGUUCAGAGAAGUGAUGUCAACAGGGGAAGGUCGUGGUCACAGACGUAUUUUCUGCUACUAG